AUGCCUCAUUUUCCAGGGAGUCAGGUGGAGAGCAGCGGGAGGGUGGAGGUGAGGGAGGAAGCACUCAGCUCAUUUGCAUUCCUCAUGACUUUGUCCUUCCAUCACGUCGCCGAGGAAGACUAUGGCGAAUACUUGUGUGAAGCCACCAACUCUCUGGGGAACAUCCGGACUUCCCUUUCUCUCGCUCGUCCAUUCCAAGUUUUGAAGGGUGGAGAAGUCAAGGCGGAAGUCAAUGGAACUGUGAUAGACAAGGAGAAUGACUUUUCCUUCAAUGUCGAAGUGAAUGAAGGGGAAGAACAAGGAGAAGGGGAAAAUAGGAAUUCCAUGAUCAGAUCCUCCUUAGGAGAUCAGCUUCUCCCUCAUUCUGCCAUCAUAUCUUUCCUCACAAGUCUACUUUGUGUCAUGACUGUCUUCCAAUCUUGAUAUGUAUGUAACACACUUUGAUGGUGUCCAUUUUUCUGUCAUGUCUUUUUCUUCCUUGACUUUUAACGUUCUAAAACAUAUUUACUGACAAAGGCUAAUCAUCUCUUCAUAUCAGUGGUUAUUGUCAGGGCUGAAAAGCCUGAAACCUAACUGAUAGAUGCCUGAAGUGAAGUUGAUUGACAACCAGUAUGCCUG